AUGUGCAGAGCUUUGGUUUGUUCUCGUCACUAUUCUCGAAAAGACCAAGUUUUGCCAGUGAACGUUCGAGAUCUUCCAUUCCGUCUGUCUCGCUGCCACCUGGAUCGACAACGGAGAAACAGGCCUAGAAAACUUUCUGAAGAUCGAAGUGGAGAUAUUUUGAAUCUGUUGCGAAGGUCGUCUGGUGUCGAAUCACGAGCUUCCACUGAGAGCCCCAUCAGAUUGCCCGAUCAUGCUUUGGAGGGCCUAUCGCAGACCGAGCUCGACCACGUAAUGGCUGUGCUCAGCAAAUCGAACCGAAGUGUAUCGCCAAAUAUGUCGAGGAGGGUUGCAUUCACGGUCGAACCGGCUCCGAAAGAUGUGCAGAGCUUUGGUUUGUUCUCGUCACUAUUCUCGAAAAGACCAAGUUUUGCCAGUGAACGUUCGAGAUCUUCCAUUCCGUCUGUCUCGCUGCCACCUGGAUCGACAACGGAAAACAGGCCUAGAAAACUUUCUGAAGAUCGAAGUGGAGAUAUUUUGAAUCUGUUGAGAAGGUCGUCUGGUGUCGAAUCACGAGCUUCCACUGAGAGCCCCAUCAGAUUGCCCGAUCAUGCUUUGGAAGGCCUAUCGCAGACCGAGCUCGACCACGUAAUGGCUGUGCUCAGCAAAUCGAACCGAAGUGUAUCGCCAAAUAUGUCGAGGAGGAGUUCGUCGGCUCUUCGAAUGCUGCCCGAUAUGGAAAACCUGUCGGAUGCUGAGCGUCAACACAUUCAAAACGUCCUCGAGAAGGCCGAGAAUCGCACUCCUUAUAUGAUCAAAUUACCGCUGUCUCAUCAGUUGACCGCCCGUACUGAGUCAUUCCAGUCGUCACGAACAUCGCUGGACGACGGCUACGAUCAGCUUCAGUCUGUUGAUGAUGCUGUUCGGAAAAUGGACCAGCGAGCGGAAUCGAAACGGAACUUUGAAGGUCCGCCCCAGGACUUGUCCAAGAAACCGAGAACCGAAGAAGUGGAUGAGGCACUUGAUGCUACAACAACGGCUUCGAGAGAAAUACAAGCGGCGAAGUCUACUUCUCCAGAAGCACCUGUGCCAUCAACCACGUCGCCCAUACCCACACCUUCAUAUGAGGAUAUCUGGGCCAAAGAGCCGACCAGUGGAGCCGUAUCGCCAUCAGCUACUACACCUCCGCCGAUUUCAGACAUGGAAAAGAUCGAGAACAUUCAGAAAGUCGCAAAGCUGGCUGAACAAGAGGUAGAUGGUGGUCGGUCUGUUCACAGCACUGCUGGAAAUCUUCAGUCUAGGUUGGCUGAGCCGAAGCGAUCAGCCAGCGGCCAGGCGGAGAGCGAACUUACAUUCGAGGAGCUGGAACACAUAAGGAAAGUCAGUGAAUCAGCUGAAAGAGAACUGAGUACGUUCAUUACAAAGCCCAGUGGUGUGAGACCUUCAACGACCCCGAGGUUACCUCACGUCGAGGAGCAAGGCGGCACCGGGCUUACCCAAGAAGAGCUAGAACACAUCAACCGUAUCGCUCAGUUGGCCAUGCAGGACGAAGCUAGUCAACCGGUCUGGCCGAAACUGUCUUCCCAGGAAGCUCCUGAAGAUCAAGGCACGCUCGCGCAGAAAAGCGAUACUGGAACAGCUACUACACCUUCUGGGUCACUGCUUUCUACCGAUGAGCAACAUGGUCGCGGCUCCAUUUUCAGUAUUUCUCCAUCCUCAUCUUUCAUGCCCUCAAUGAAAGGGUUCUCUGGAUUUGGACUAAAGUCCUUGAGGAAUGUCGUGUACGGAAGUGAGGAACCUAAAAGCCCCACACCUGCUGUCACUAAAGGUGAACCCAAAGCGGCAGCGGAACCAGAGAUAGCCCCUCAAGCAGACAAUCUUCAGUCCGAUGUGCCCUUGCCAAAGGAAUCUGUUGACGUCCAUGGAAGGGAAGGCGAACAUCCUGACGAAGUCGCCGAGAAAUCGCUGGUUUCACCAGCACCUCUUUCACAGAAGCACCCAUGCUCACCCAAGAAGAACUCGAUCAUAUAA